AUGAAGACUGUCAUAAUAGGCGAGCCUAGGGGUGGUCAGAAAGCGUCGAAACGGUCCGCCGACGUUAUUGGCCCGACGACGUACGCUGACGAUGAACCACCCCGAGCCGAUACGGCGUCCAAACCGGCAACAACACCCAAGGGCAGGCUGAGAGCGAUGAGGCAGAACGUCCUCCAGGUGUUGCUGAAGUCGACCGUCAUGCCGUUCCGGUGGCUGAAGAGCUCGUACCGCUGCUUCUACUGCUACGACAUAUUCCAGGAGUCGUCCGAGCUGAAGGACCACCAGCGGGUACACGUGGGCGACAGCGUCAAGGAGCAGGCGAUGAACAACUACUGGGAGCAGGUGGUCUACGUGGACAUAUCGAGCAUCGCGUGCAAAUUGUGCCCCGAACCGGUCUCCGACCUCUACGACCUGAUCGACCACCUCGUGGCGAAACACGGCGUCGGCUACGACAAGGACAUAGGCGUGUGCAUGGUGGCCUUCAAGCUGGACAACCUCUCGGUGAACUGCCUCGCGUGCGGCGCCAGCUUCUACACGUUCGGCCCGCUGCUCCACCACACGAACAAAGACCACAAGGGCGUCUCGGCGAUCCUCUGCGAGGUGUGCGGCCAGAACUUCAAGGACGCCAAUCUGCUUCGCUCGCACGUCAAGUCGGUGCACGAGAACGCCGGCGUCCUCUGCCCCGAGUGCGGGUCAAGUUCGAGACGCGCUCCAAGC